UCGUCGUAAUUUCGGAUUGCUUGUUCAUCUUUUUGUGUUCCCAAAUACGAGCAAUCAAAAUGCUAUAGACGGAGAAGGCGUAUUGAAACCGUAAAGCCGAAAGCUUUACAGAAAUUCUGCUGUUUGUUAACGGAUUUUCCCAUGGAACUAGUGUUGAACCGAAUUCACGUCUCUUCUCCCCGAUCAAGAGCUUCCUUAUCUUCCGUCAAUGUGAAAGCCCUUUCUUCCAUUCCCCUCCCAGCUGAAAAGAAGAACUCCAGCAACCAAAAAUUCCUUUCAGGUAUUCUAUCGAGCACUUUUUUUGUCUGGGCAAUAGAUAUACAGGGGUUGUGAAGAAUUUGUGAUGUUCUUGUGUGUUUCUGAGCUUUUGCAGAAGUUGGGUUUGCAUCAUUUAGCUUUAAACUCUCCAUUAUUGUGAGGUUUGUAUGCAUUUGCUGGGGAGCAUGUAUGAAAAUGGGCUGAAUUAGCUGGAAGUAUGAUAUGAUAAACUGUCGCCUCCUGGUUGCCUGAAGUGUGGUUUCAAUCCUUCGUAGGGGGGACGUGGUUUCCGGUUUGCUUUUGCCUUUGACAAAGUUGGAUACUUUGUCAAAAGUCUAGCUUGCAUGUGGCUUAUGCUUUGGGGAUUAAUGUGUAUCCACUAUGAACUGUGAGUUUCGCUGCAGUUUUUUCCUUGCCCUUGUUUUCAUGCUCUGUAGUCUGCCUUUCAACAAGAUGAGGGUACUUCAUGAAAGGGCUGGUUAAGACCUCCAAUUCGUCGUUGCUUACAACCUUUAGAUUCUCGAGUUAUGGAUGAAUAUGAUAGAAAAGGGUUAUGCUGUUUUGCUUGAAAAUGCAUCUCCGAAGAACAAAGAUUUUAAGUCCUUCCAUGUCAAUCGAAGGUCGUGGGCAUGAAAAUUGUUACUUCACCUGAGAGACUACAGCGAGGCUGAUUGUCUGUUUAUUGAUUGCUGCCAUUAAUAGUUUACACUAUACAGUCCGAAUCAAGUGAACUGAGAACUGCUUUGCAAGCUGAGUUUCUCAUGUGUAGUUUUUUCCUGCUCUUUUACAUAGUUCCAGUGUGUUCUAACAGUUUAAGCAGUGUGUGGCUAUUGCAGGAGGGGAUUUCACCAAAACCGAGUCACUGCCAACAGUCUGAUACUCUUUGCAAUGACCAACAACUGCAUUACUAGAGUAAACCAUAUCCACCACAAGAGGGUCACAAGACUCGCAACAACAAUAUCAUCAUCUGCCACAAAUAGCUACACCAAUCUAUCGAGCUGCAGAUUUUUCACCUGUUCACCACCGUUGAUAUCUCGAACACCUUCUUUCAAACCCCUAGUCUUAUCCGCCUGUAUCACCCAAUCAGAUGCACCUCAACGCUCAGAGGAAUGGUUUGCCCUUAGGAAGGACAAGCUGACCACAAGCACCUUUAGUACCGCAUUAGGGUUUUGGAAGGGGAAACGACGACCAGAGCUCUGGCGUGAAAAGGUUUUUGCAGCAGAAGUAGAGUUUGUCCAAGCUUCAAAGAAUGCAAUGGAAUGGGGUGUGCUCAAUGAGUCACUAGCCAUCGAACGAUAUAGAAGCAUCACGGGUCUUGAAGUUAGCUCACUAGGGUUUGCAGUCCAUGCACAAGAGAAACUCGAUUGGCUUGGCGCUUCACCAGAUGGUCUACUUGGGUGCUUUCCUGAAGGUGGAAUAUUGGAAGUGAAGUGUCCUUAUAACAAGGGGAAGCCCGAGCAGGGUCUCCCCUGGUCAACCAUGCCUUUCUAUUACAUGCCUCAGGUUCAAGGUCAGUUGGAGAUUAUGGAUAGAGAAUGGGCAGAUUUGUAUUGCUGGAUGCCUAAUGGUAGCACGAUAUUCCGCGUCCCGAGGGACCGUGAUUACUGGGAGCUCAUGUGUGGGAUGUUGAAGGAGUUUUGGUGGGAGAAUGUGAUUCCUGCUAGGGAAGCUCUUGAAGCGGGGAAAGAAAGAGAAGCCGAUUCAUAUAUGCCAGCAUCUACACACAAACAGACGGGGCUUGCCAUUUCUAAAAGUAUUAAGUUAGCUGCUCAAUGCAAGCUUCAGUGUAGGGAAAUUGCAGGCCAUGUUGAAUUCUUUAGGUGAGAAAUCUGGUCUUCGCAUGUUGUCAUACACUCAUUUACUAAUCCUAUGUCUACUUUAGCAUUGAAAAAAAGGCAUAUGUUUGUGCUUCCAACUUAUGAUUUACUUGAUUUGACGACGAUGUUGGUGAUUGACAAAACGGGAAGGGGAGAGACAAGAGUCUUUCUGGGUUUGUUUUGCUUCUUAUGCUGCAUGGAUUCAGUCCUGCAGUUUGCUUCUGCUAUUUUAUAUCCAUGAAUGGAAAGUGUAUGAAGAUGCUUACUUGUGAGGCCGAAGUUGGCAGUUGGCACAAAAAGGUUUUCGUCUUGGCCAUUUUUCAUGAUCAAGUGUGGAUGGUUUUGGGAUUGCCAUGUUGUAUCUUUCCAUCUGAUUCUGUUAGUGUAAAUACUAAUAGGGAUGGCAUUGUAGACUUGUAGUUGGUAGGCUUGACACAGGUUCUCACAUGUAAAAUCUUGGGGGGAACUUUCUAAAUGAAGUCCAAGGAAGCUGCUAAAGAUGCAAGCUUUCUGGGGGAAAAUUCUCAAAUAUACACAAGUUUGGAAUAGAUUAUUGCAUUGUUC